AUGGCCACUCAACCCGUCGAUGAUGUCGCUCUCGCUCUUGCGGUGGAGGAGGGCGCAGAGGAUGUCGACUCUGCUUAUGGUGGAGACGAACUAGCAAGUUAUACGACUUCCCUUAGUUACAGCGCCACGAAUUACAAAUGGGACCACGGCCGCCGAUAUCAUAGUUUCCGAGAAGGCACCUACAGUUUUCCGAAUGACGAAGGAGAACAGGAGAGGUACGACAUGAUGCACGAGGUGCUCCUGACCGCAAUGGGAGGAAACCACUUUUUCGCCCCUUUGCAGGAGGGCAUUGGCAGGAUUCUAGACAUUGGCACGGGGACUGGGACUUGGGCCAUUCAAAUCGGGGACAUGUUCCCUACUGCACAAGUAAUUGGCAACGACCUGAGCCCAAUUCAGCCGCAAUGGGUCCCUCCGAACGUAUCAUUUGAAGUAGACGACGUCGAAUCGGAGUGGCAGUAUUCACAGCCCUUCGAGUAUAUCCACUCCCGCUAUAUGGCCGGCUCGAUCGCUGACUGGCCUGGAUUGAUGCGUCAAUGCUACCAAAAUCUGAAACCCGGUGCUUGGGUCGAGUUUCAAGACUUCGACCUGCACAACUAUUCUCAAGACAAUUCGAUACCUCCCGAUAACAAGGUCAAAGAAUGGUAUGACACGCUGCUGGACGGCUGCGACAGAAUUGGAAGGACCGCUUCUCCUGGCCCGCAUUUGGAGCCCUGGGUUCGCGAGGCCGGAUUUGUAAACGUCCAUCACAAGGUGUUCAGAUUGCCUUUGGGCGCAUGGCCGAAGGACAAGACAUUGAAACGAGUGGGUGCACUGAAUCUUUACCAGCUCCUCCAAGGCCUCGAAGGUCUCACGCUGGCGCUAUUCACCAGGGCCUUAGGAUGGUCGGUGGAGGCCAUUUAUGCCUUUUUGGCGGCAGUCAGGCAGGAUGCGAUGAAGAAGAAUGUGCAUAUGAUUCAUGAUUUGUAA